CCGAUUGGUUCCCCCGGAGUGGAGGUGGGCGGGGAACGGCGGCGGGACGCUAUGGCGGGCCGGGCGCUGCGCUGGGCCCGGGCACCGGCACCGGGCGCCCCUCACCUCCCCCAGGACAGGCCCUACCGGAGGCUUGAAGGCCACCGGGCGCCGCCAUCACCGCGGUGACCGGCCCCGGUACUGCGGCCUCUGGAGAAGCAUUUCUUACCGGAGACCGGCUGGACUCCACCACGGCGGCCGCCAUCUUGCGGCAGCGACCGGACCCAGCUGCCCGUCUAUGCUCCAACCUGCUAAAGGCGCUCCGCGUCCGUGACCUGGCGUUCGGAGCCUUGGGGACCGCACGCACACUCCCCCCCCGCCCCGUCCCCUUCACCUAUCACCCACCCCAAGCUCGACGAGCCGCACGGAGGAUAUCUCCCCGCUGAGGAAGGCUGACGGUGCAGCCACGGCGAAGCUCUCCACACAGCUCCCGCUGACCGCGCAGCGCUUCCCGGUGCGAGGUGAGUGCGGGCAGGAGCGGGCCGCCAUCACCCUGCCCGCUGGGCUGCUUGGAGGGUUCCCCGGGCACGGCGAUGGCGGAUUGUUUGGUGGCACCCGGGCCGAUGCUGGCCGCUCUCCCCAUAGAGCUGGAGCUCUUCAGCCCGGUCCGCAUCUCCGAGAAGGCCCUGCUGCGCUUGCUGAGCCGUCCCGGUGUCAUUCAGGAGAUGAAGUUUGAGGAGAACAACGCUUCGCCCCGGAGCACUGCUACUUCAUCCUCAUCCUGCAGGGCCGCAUGGAGGUGGAGAUCGGGAAGGAGAGCCUGAAUUUUGAAAAUGGAGCCUUCACCUGCUAUGGCGUCUCUGCACUGGCACUGCUACCUGCAGGUGAGAGCCGCCAGCAGCACUGGAGCUCGGUCCCGGGGCGGCGCCGGACCCACUUGGCUGUUUUUUGGGGUGCAAAGGGAGAUGCUCUUUGGCAGGUUCUGGCUCUCUGACACCAUCCGCCAUGUACCCGUCCCCGGCAUCCAGAAUCAGCAGCUGGGCUGUGCCAACUACGCCAGCUGCUCCUCGUACUGCCCCGGCUACAGCGUGCGGGUGCUCACUGACCUGCAGCUGGCCAAGGUAGGGGCUGGAUCCGUCCCUCAAGGUCCUGCUGGGAGCCUGCCUCUGCCUCACCCGGCUUUUGGGAGCACCAUGACCUGUGCCGAACUGCCCGCAGUCUCCUACCAUCCCCGACCCUGCUGCCAGACCGUGGCUGUGCUGCGUGGCACUGACCCACUCUCCGCUCAGGUGAUGCAGCCGCAGUUAUCUCAGUGCCCUCGUGGCCUCCGGGCCCCGGAAUCCAGCCAAGUCACCCAAAAGCAUCGAGCCAAAAAUCGUCCCCAGCAGCCAGCCCAUGUUCCUCAGCCACCAGAACACCGCACCAGCGAGCAGAUGAGGCUGGACCAUGGCACGGCAGGGCAGAGCGGCUGUCAGGAUGCCCGAUUUGGGGUGCCCCCUGCGAGGCUCCCUCCUCCCCACUCGCGACACUAAAGCAUCCCGGGGGGAAGCGGAGAGCCAGGGCCGAAGCCCUUCUGCCUCUUCGGCGUUCCCGGCUGCUCACCGGGGUGGGAGCCAGUGGCCGCAGCAUGAGCCCUGCAGCGUUUCCUGGUUCAACAAAACACUAUUUUCCCCAUUUUUUGUGGUUUUUUGAGGAAAUAAAAGCCACCGCAAGAG